CUAAUGUGAUGGUAUAAGUAAACAAAUUUUUUAGCACCUCUUCAAACACCCAUGAAAAAACAAGUUAAGUAGACAUUUGAUCCACAUGCCCUUGUGAAGCCUGAGUUGAAAUUAUUGAGCACAAAAGAACCGGUUUGAUUUCUAAGGACGAGAAUAUCCGGUUCAAGGUACCUCCCCUAUCUAUAUAAAUGUCUGGUAAAUUUGCCGUUGCAUUCAUCUGGCGGACCACGACACCAUGAUCUACGAAGUUUCCCUCCUUCUGCUGGGCUUCAGUUUCGUCUUGAAUAUUGGAGUUCAGGGCAGCGUGAAGACAGUCCACCCUUCGACGACCUCUGUCCCAGUAGCUGAACUGAGCCGAUUUAGAGCCAAUGAUUUUUCCUCCAAUAGUCGAUUUUUUCGUGGACGAGAUGGUAGAGAUGGUCGGGACGGACUGCAGGGACCUGUCGGACCGCCCGGUCCAGCCGGUCCUCCGGGUCCUGCAGGACCGCAAGGGGAGAUUGGGCGACCCGGUCCCCAGGGGGAGAGAGGACUUCCGGGAAUUGCGGAGCCGCCAUUGGUUGGUGGCGCUGUUUACACCCGCUGGGGAAGAAAAGUAUGUCCUGGCCAUGCAACUAUGUUGUACGGAGGUAUGUUUAAAAUUCCGUAUCAGUUCGGUCCGGUGCGACGUGGCGUUGUCGUCCUGAUACACAAAGUUUGCCCUGAAUUGUUGCCGAGCAAAUGGGAGCAUUAUCGUUUCCAGAAUCCGUUGAUAUUGGUGCUGGUUCAUGAGUCCAUCCAAGACGUGCAGGUCGCAUUUACCAGUGCUAUGAAAAGCACCCCAGACGGUGACCCCACCGCCCCCGCCUUGGACUCUGGGAAUGAUGCAAUCUUCGUUCAGAGCCUCGUGAGCCUGACGACGCACCAUCACACGGCCAUCUUCCCGGUACACGACAAAACGAGACUCAUCAUUGAAUAUCACGUGUCGCCAGUGUCCCACCUGCCAGUUCAGGUGUUCCCGCGCCCAGGAUAA